CUCUGCUUCAUUCCCUGCCUGAUCGACGGUCGUGCAGAGACGAGUUCAGACCCGGGGAACAGCUCGUAGGGCAGCGCCGGGAGAGCGGGCAGGCAACCCGCCGGCUGAUAAUUGAGAGCUAUAAUGGCAGAUGCAGGAGAUGGACUACUUGGGGGGGAAGAUAUGUCAGAUGCAAAAUCUAUUCCUGGUUCCAAAGGAAAGAACCUAUCUGCUGGCAAAUCUACGGACUCUGGAAUUCUUCCAGACUACAGUUACAGAAUGGAUUAUCCAGAGAUGGGAGAAUGCAUAAUAAUAAACAAUAAGAACUUCCACAGACACACUGGGAUGUCGCCCCGUUCGGGUACAGAUGCGGAUGCUGCAAGUGUCAGAGAAGUUUUUUUGAAGUUGGGAUAUAGAACAAAGGUCAACAAUGAUCUUUCAUGCGGGGACAUUUAUAAACUAUUGAAAAAGGUUUCUGAUGAAGAUCACAGCAAGCGAAGCAGCUUUGUUUGUGUGUUGCUCAGCCAUGGUGAUGAAGGAUUCAUCUAUGGUACAGAUGGCCCUCUUGAACUGAAAGCACUAACAAGCCUUUUCAGAGGUGACAAGUGCAGAAGUUUAGCAGGAAAACCCAAGCUGUUUUUCAUUCAGGCUUGUAGAGGCACAGAUUUAGAUUCUGGUAUCGAGGCAGACAGUGGAUCAGAAGAAACAGUGUGUCAGAAAAUACCCGUAGAGGCAGACUUCUUGUAUGCAUAUUCUACAGCUCCAGGCUAUUACUCCUGGAGAAAUUCAGCUGAAGGCUCCUGGUUCAUUCAGUCACUGUGUACAAUGCUGAAGGAACAUGCGAGAAAACUUGAACUCCUGCAGAUUUUAACUCGUGUAAAUCGCAAAGUAGCAGAGUACGAGUCCUGCUCCACCCGGCAGGAUUUUAAUGCAAAGAAACAGAUCCCUUGCAUUGUCUCUAUGCUCACCAAAGAAUUUUACUUCCCUUGAGAAAAGAAUUUCACCUUGUCAUUUUUCAGUACAUGUUUUUAUCUGUAAUUUAUAUGCAAUAUUUAGUACGGAAUACCACUUUAAGUCUGAAUUGCUGUUCACUACUGUGUGUGGCAUAAUGAACUGUCUCAGAGUUAGCUAUGUCUGUUACUAGAAGUAAAACAUAGUAUGACUAUGUUUGAAAUAGUUAGAAAUGCAAACUUGAGGAGCUGAAGCACAGACAAAUUUGAAAGUAGUGCUCUGAGUAUCUUGGAAAAAUUAGGAAGAGGAGAAGAUCAGAUCACCUACCAAUCUCUUUGGUGCUAUGUUUCACUUUGCCGAAGAGGCAGAGAAAGGAAACAGUUCUUUUAAAUAGUUUGGUUUUGUAUCUUUGCCAAUAGAAAGACGAUUCAGAAUGUGGUAUGUUUACUAAUAAUGGUAAUAUGCUAGUAGUGUCAUCAUACAUUUCUUCUUGAUUUCUUAAAGUUUAGGUUAUAAAUGAACCUUAAUUGUUUUUAUAACUUAGGGCAUAAACUGUGGACAAGAGCCAUUUUGUUUUUUACAUGCAAUUAGGAAACAUAUUUAGAAUAAGGCCAAUUUUUUUCCUGAUUAUUUUAUAACUUUUUGUAUGGAGUAUUAGGUAAAGCAAUUACAUCAACAUGGUAGCUGUUUGAAAAUAAAUUUUGUACUCUGAACUUGAAGCUGAAUGACUAAGGGACCAGUCCUCAAAAACUGCUCUUUUUGCAGCUCACUAAGGGAGGAGCAGUUGGGGCAUGUAUUGAGCUUUAAGAAUCAGUGUAAAAGGAAGUCUACAUGCUAAACAGUUUGUUUCCCUCUUUCUGGUCAGUGAGUUUGCUUAGUUCUAUGUGUGUACCACAUUUAGUCUGUGUGGAAACCUGGAUUUGUGGUACUGGAGAAAUGCCAUUUCUUACCUCUAAUAUCAGAUUAGUUAAUUACAAGACUUAAAAUAUAUUAACAAAGAGUAAAUUUCUAUCUCUUGACUGAAUUUUAUAGAACAGGCUUUUACAAAAUUGUAGAACAUUUUUGUUGGUCUUUCAACUUGUGGCAGUCUUUCUAAAAUGCAAGCAAGACAGAAUGGUAAAUGACUAUAGGGUGCUUGCAAACCAAGACUUAAAAUUCUUUAAAUUGUGUAGCAUAAGCAAUGUUAGCAAAUUGAUGUUUAC